GCAAGACAGUUGUAUAGCGAAAUUUACAAUACAAUAAUUCCAAAACUCCGAUUUGCUAAGUCCCGAAAUCUAAAAUCAGUAGCUCAAGUGGUUUUAUGGUGUAAAAGAAUUGAAAAUAGGAUACGCCAGGACAGAAUGGCGAGCAUUAUCGAAAUAAUUAAAGUUAUUACGUCGCUGGUACCGUCAUAUGAUGGAAAUCCAGAUCGACUAAACAAUGUCAUAUCAUCUCUGAUCGCAUGUAAAGCAUUAGUAAAUGCCGAAAACAGUGCAGCAGCCAUCCAAACUAUUCUUUCGCGGCUGGAAGGAAAAGCACGGGCUGCUGUUACAGAUGAUCCUUUAGAUAUAGAUGAUAUAAUAAACAGACUUAAAGAUAAAUGUAGUACCACUGCUACACCCAAUUCAAUAUUGGCCAAAUUAAACGCUCUGAAACAGAGAGAUUCUUUCGAAAAAUUUACCCAAGGGAUAGAAAAACUGACCCUCGAACUAGAACGGGCAUACCUUAAUGAGAAUGUUCCACUGGAUACAGCGACUAAAUUAGCCACGGGUGCUGGCAUAAAAGCACUAACUAAUGGAGUAAAAAAUGAUGAAACUAAGCUAUUGCUUAAAGCUGGACAAUUUACUGCUUUGUCUAAGGCAGUGGAAAAAGCUUCCGAAAACGAAGCCGAAAAGCAAACCAACGUCGCAAAUGUUUUCCCGAUUCACGGAAGAAAUUCUCAAAGAGGAACCACGUCCUCCUCUAACAGCUAUCGUAAUAAUUACCAAAAUAACCGUGGAAAUUUCCAAUUUCACCGCGGAAGUUCCCAAAAUUACCGCGGAAAUGUUCAAAACUACCGUGGAAAUUUCCAAAACUACCGCGGAAAUUUUCACCAGAACAGAGGAAAGGCCCACAGUAAUCGUGGAAGUUUCUCCCGGUUCAACAACAGAGGAAGGGGCUAUUUCAACAAUUCGGGACCUGAGAACCGAGGUGUUUAUUAUUACACUCCGGGAAACAUGCAGGUCCCCCAGCAAAUAGUUGGGGGCCAACAAUUCCUACCCCCUCCAGCUCAAACAACAGCAAUUCAACAUCAGCAUCAACAACAAAACCAAUAUCAAAUAGCAUUGGCCAACGUGCAAUCCCCAAGACAUUGAAAAGAAUAUUCAACAUCUCUACAGCCUUAUCAAAUUUUGUGAUCUUAAAAACAGAAGCUACACAUUCCGAAUGUACUUUCUUAAUAGAUUCAGGAGCAGAAAUUUCAGUUUUGAAACCCUCAAAACUAAACCAAGCAAUACACAUAGAUGACCAACAAAUUUGUUCAAUAACAGGCAUACAACCAAAACCAAUAAAUACACUCGGAUCAACCAAUAUAUUUCUACAGCUACCUUACGAAUGUAAAGUAAAUCACCAAUUUCACAUUAUACCAGAAAAUCUUCCAAUACCCACCGACGGAAUUCUCGGACGAGAUUUCCUCACUAAAUACCGUUGCAUUAUAGACUAUGACACAUGGACUCUAUCAAGCUUCAUAAAUGCAAAACUUAUCGAAAUUCCCAUACAGGACAAACUCAACGAAGACAUUUUGAUACCACCUCGUUGUGAAGUAUUUAGAAAAAUUGCCAUUCAAGACCCCCAUAGAGACUACGUUAUUUUGUCAAAAGAAAUACGACCUGGUGUUUUUUGUGCUAACUCAAUAAUAAAUGCCAAAAAUCCUCUCAUAAAACUCAUUAACACGACAAACUACACUGUCAAAAUUCGUGAAAAUCUCUUGAAUCAAAUACAACCUCUUGAAAAUUACAAUAUUUUUUCAAUUAAUCAGUCAACCAUACCUAGCCGAAACAGCAAAUGCAUUUCAGAGUUAAAUUUGAACGACACACCUUGUUACAUUAAAGAUAAACUAAACGACUUAUGCACCAAAUAUAAUGAUAUAUUUGCAUUACAGAAUGACACGUUAACUUGCAAUAAUUUUUACAAACAAAAGAUUAAUUUAAAUAACCCGACACCAGUUUACAUUAAAAACUACAGAACACCCGAAGCUCAUAGAACUGAAAUAGACCGACAAGUUAAUAAAAUGCUAGACGAACAAAUUAUCCAACCAUCAAUAUCACCAUACAAUGCUCCGGUACUACUCGUCCCCAAAAAAUCGGCAAAUAACGAUAAAAAAUGGCGUCUUGUAGUUGAUUUCCGUCAGUUAAACAAAAAAAUCAUCGCAGAUAAAUUCCCUCUACCUCGAAUUGACGAUAUACUAGACCAACUAGGAAGAGCAAAAUACUUUUCAACGCUCGACCUUAUGUCAGGUUUUCACCAAAUCGAGUUAGAAGAAGAGUCAAAACAAUAUACAUCAUUUUCAACUACUUCCGGUCACUACGAGUUCAAUCGCUUACCCUUUGGACUAAAUAUCUCUCCUAACAGUUUCCAACGCAUGAUGACGAUAGCCCUUAGCGGACUACCGCCAGAAUGUGCGUUUCUGUAUAUCGAUGACAUAAUAGUCGUCGGCUGCUCCGUUAACCAUCAUUUGAAUAAUCUCGAACAAGUAUUCCAAAGUCUAAGAAAAUUCAAUUUGAAACUAAACCCAGCCAAAUGUAAAUUUUUUUGUGCUGACGUAACAUAUUUAGGACACCAUAUUUCAGCCGAAGGCAUUCAACCCGAUAAAUCAAAAUAUUCAUCAAUUCUUAAUUAUCCAAAACCCCAAAAUGCUGAUGAAGUUAGAAGAUUCGUUGCAUUUUGUAAUUAUUAUAGACGAUUUAUCCCAUAUUUUUCAGACAAAGCAGCUCCACUAACCGCAUUACUCAAAAAGAAAUCCAUUUUCAAUUGGUCAACUGAAUGCCAAAACUCAUUCGAAACCCUUAAAAAUGAACUUUUAAGCCCAAAAAUCCUUCAAUUUCCAGAUUUUAGGAAACCAUUUAUUUUAAGUACAGAUGCAUCAAAAAUAGCAUGUGGUGCUGUACUAGAACAGGAACAUAAUGGCAUCAGGCUACCCAUAGCAUACGCAAGUAAAAAAUUCACAAAGGGAGAAAGUAACAAAUCAACAAUAGAACAAGAGCUCACUGCAAUUCAUUGGUCAAUUUCUCACUUCAGACCAUACCUUUACGGUCGAAAAUUUACAGUCAAAACUGACCAUAACCCUCUCGUACAUCUAUUUUCAAUGAAGGAUCCGUCAUCUAAAUUAACAAGAAUGAGACUUGAUUUGGAGGAAUUCAAUUUUGAUAUCGAAUACGUUAAAGGAAGAGAAAACGUAGGGCCCGAUGCUCUUUCACGUAUAGAUAUUGAUUCUGAAGUUCUUAAAAACAUGUCAGUUCUUCCAAUGCAGACCAGAUCUAAAUCCCGAAUGACGAAAGAAGCCACAGUUAAUAAAUCAAACGCGGAAAAGAUUGAUCACCUUCACGCGUAUGACUCCAUUAACAAUAUUGAUGCUUUUAAUUUACCAAAACUGACAUUUCAAACUUUGAAUGACCAUAUAAACAUAAGUAUAAAACCAAAAAACUUGAAAGGAAUUAUUGCUCAAGGGCAAAUAUUCCAUCAAAAGGGAAUGAUUUAUCUAAAUGAAUGCAUGAAAUUAUUAAACGAAAUGGCCAAAACUAUAAAAAUAAAUAAAAUUGGGAUCAGUGUAAUGGAUCCAAUAUUUAACUAUGUUUCCCGGGAACAAUUUAAACAAUCAUGCAAUGAGAAUGUAAGUGACGUCACGAUUAUUAUAUACACACCAGCAAAGGUGAUACAAAAUGAGGAAGAAAUUAAUCAAUUGAUAAAAGAAAACCACGAUACCCCUUCGGGAGGACACGUAGGUAUUAACAAAUUACUACAAAAACUAAGGCGAAAUUUUUAUUGGAAAAAUAUGAAAGACAGUAUUUCCAAAUACGUGAAAAACUGCACUUCAUGUAAACUUAAUAAACAUACGAUUAAAACAAAAGAAAUCUUUGAAAAAUCAACUACUCCUACUAAACCUUUCGAAUUAAUUUCCAUUGAUACUGUAGGACCACUUACCAGAUCAAAUAAAGGAAAUCGUUACGCACUAACUAUACAGUGUGACCUAACAAAAUAUAUAACCGCAGUUCCAAUAAUAGAUAAACAAGCGAGUACAUUAGCUAAAGCUCUAGUAGAAAACUUUAUUUUGAUUUAUGGUUGUCCACAAGCAAUCAAAUCUGACAUGGGAACUGAAUAUAAAAACGAAAUAUUCCAACAAAUCUGUAA